AUGGCAAGGCUUCUCAUCUCCAACACAGCCUCUCUCACUCUCUCUCCACCAGCCCCGUCCUCACGUGCUCUACUCAACCCCCCGCACGUGCCCAUAUCGCCGGCGACUCGAUUUUCCUGCCGGCAAGCCAGAGGCCUAACGGUGGUGACACGUGCCGGUCCCACCACGAACCAGUACGUGUUCGCAUUCGUUAUGCCACUCUCUCUGAUCGCUGUCACUGUCUUCACCUCCAUGAGAAUCGCCGAUAAGCUCGACGAAGAUUUUCUUGAAGAGAUUGCAAUUAACCAAGCGAUCAGGGAAACUGAUGAGGAUGAUGAAGUUGACAUGCCUAUAGAUGAAAAACCUGCCCUUCCACGAACACGUAACCGACCCAAAAGGGAAGUCUAG